AUGAAGAGCGAGGAAAAACCUCUCCUGAUCUCCCAGAACAUUCUCCACAACAGGGGCCUGCUCUCCGGCAGGGAUGGAGACUCUCCAGAACCUUAUCCCAGCUGGGGGAGGGGCGUUUCUGGGACUCCAGCCCCCUUCAGCCUUCUGGUCUCACCUGGUGAAGGGGGAGGGGUCAGGCCCCCGUCGAGGUUGUGGCAGAAGGGACUUGCGGGCUCGUGCGUUCUUGCGGGAGAGGCAGGUGCCUUCGCCUCUUGGCCCAGUGACCGCCUGGAGGCCAGAUUCGGCUCAGGAAUCGAAAGGGAAGCGCCGGCUGGAGCUGGAGCCGAGGGAGCUAGGGCCGCCCCGGGAGGAGCGCAGGCCGCUGUGCGGGGCCAGGUGACAGCGGGGUGCGGCCCCGACUCGGCCAUCUGGAUGCGCCCCGACGUUCCAGGUGGUGUCUCGGCUGGGGACACACGGACGGCCCACCGCCACCGACCCUGGCAAUCCCCGGCUGUCGGGCGUGUGGGCAGGGCGGGCUGGGGACCGUUUGCGCGCCCGGAGGAGAAGCCGAGGCAGUGCGAAUCCCAAGCUUACGAUCUUAGUAGCAAAAUUGAGCGGGGAUCCGACAGAGCUGCUGAAGAGGCAGCAGCGAUAUUGUACGACCCUGAGUCAAGGCAUCAGAUCAAACUCAAUCUGGACGUCCUCGUGAGUAUAGAAGACAGCGAUAUUAGGGCUCCCCUGCGAGUCCCCUACACGGCAAUCAACCCAGUCACAUUUGUUCUAAGAGAAUUGAAAGGCUGGGAAACACGGAGAUUUUUACCUCCUAUAACUCCACCAGAAAAGUUUUUUCUUUCCCAGCUGAUGCUGGCACCCCCAAGGGAACUCUUCAAAAAAACACCUCGACAGAUCGCAUUGAUGGAUGUUGGAAAUAUGGGCCAGUCUGUGGACAUUAGUGGGCUUCAGUUAGCCUUGGCUGAACGCCAGUCUGAAUUGCCAACCCAAAGUAAGGCUAGCUUCCCUAGUAUUCUCAGUGACCCAGACCCAGAUUCUUCUAAUUCUGGAUUUGACAGCUCAGUUGCCUCUCAAAUCACAGAAGCUUUAGUCAGUGGACCAAAGCCACCUAUUGAAAGCCAUUUCCGGCCAGAGUUUAUUCGUCCACCACCUCCACUCCACAUUUGUGAGGAUGAGCUGGCUUGGCUGAAUCCAACAGAGCCUGACCAUGCGAUUCAAUGGGACAAAUCAAUGUGUGUCAAGAAUAGCACUGGUGUGGAGAUCAAGCGAAUAAUGGCCAAAGCCUUCAAAAGCCCCUUAUCUUCUCCUCAACAAACACAGCUCCUGGGUGAAUUGGAAAAAGACCCCAAACUCGUUUAUCAUAUUGGCCUCACUCCAGCCAAACUUCCAGACUUAGUGGAAAACAACCCUCUAGUUGCUAUAGAAAUGCUGCUGAAGUUAAUGCAGUCAAGCCAGAUCACAGAGUAUUUUUCGGUUCUGGUCAACAUGGACAUGUCUUUGCAUUCAAUGGAAGUUGUAAAUCGACUCACUACAGCUGUUGAUCUACCUCCUGAAUUUAUUCACCUUUACAUAUCAAAUUGCAUCUCUACUUGUGAACAAAUUAAGGAUAAAUAUAUGCAGAAUCGUUUGGUGCGUCUUGUGUGUGUCUUUCUCCAGUCCUUGAUCCGUAACAAAAUAAUUAACGUGCAGGACUUGUUUAUAGAAGUGCAGGCAUUCUGUAUUGAAUUCAGCAGGAUACGAGAAGCCGCUGGCCUUUUCCGAUUGUUGAAGACCUUGGACACUGGAGAAACACCUUCCGAGACCAAAAUGUCAAAAUAAUACCUCAUCAGAACCACCAUAUUCAUUAUUCAGCUAUAUUGUGACUUAAUUUUUAAACUGUUAGAACCCUGAGUGGAUUGCUUGGCCUAAUGCAUAUAAACACUACUUUAUCUACUUAAAGCAAAAUUUUCCCUUCCUGGAUGACUUUUUCCUUGAAAUGGAUUUUUGGUAAGAACUUAGAAAAAUGUGUCUAUUUUGGUGUCUUUGCUGAUGAUUAGGAUUAGCAGUUAUCCAAAAAAAGUUCCUGCAAAAAAGUAGAUGCGGUCUUUAGCACUGUAGAACCAAGGUGCCUGUUUUUGUUUAAAACACAACUUACAGGCUACUGAUAAAUCAAGAAUCCCAGUUUUCUUAAGGUUCUGAUAUUUUAGUAUUUAAUGAGAGUAAAUGAAGACAUUCUUAAGAAUUUGUCAUACUGCCCUUGAGGUGAAAUCAGUUAAGUGUUUUUGAAUCAAGGGGCAAACAGAAGUUUGGUCCUUGAACCCAUUUAUGCGUAUAGCCCUUACCGCCUCCUGAAGCACAGUUUGAACCAAGGAAAUGCUUCUAGCUUUAUCCUUUCUUGUCAUGGGGACUUAAUAGACAACAGAAUACAUGCAUUCCUUGGACCUCUUAGAAACAUGGAAACUCUUAGAAA